AUUUUUACAAGGAGAUUUCUUCCAAUUUCCAUUAGGUGCCCAGAUGACCGACGAAAAGGACAACUCCGACAGUGACUGGGAACAUAUACAAACCAUGUCUGAAGAGGCACCCCCGACAGAGAAGGACGAGAUCAUCGAGAAUGAGAUUGAUGAAUCUGGGAAGAAUCCUGACGAAAAAGAGGAGGGUGAACCACCCCAGGAGGAGAAUGCCGAGGUAGAGGAGAACGAAACACCACCCGCGGACACUGCCAAUGCGGACGAGAACAGCCCACCUCAAGACGACUCUCCCAAAGCAGAAGAGAGUACCUUGUCUCAAUACAAUCCUAUCAAAGAGGAGGACAACCCACCUCACGAUAGCGCUGUCAAGAGCGAAGACAGUGAGCCAUCUCACGACGAUUCUGACAAGGAAGAAGAAAGCGAGCCACGUGAGGAUGAUCUUGUCAAAGCAAAACAACUUGCCAACCCCCCAGAAAACCAUCCUGUCCCCGGAAAAUCAUGCAUCAUUGCAACCAGAACCGAGCCACCACGAUUCCACGUCCUUAAAAACGGACAGCCGGAAUUCUUAGCUGAACCUCUCCUGAGCGGUGGCCACAUCUGGAACUGUGAGGUAGAGGAUGGCUGGUUAACCUUUCGUAAUGAGACCUCUGGUACAUUUCUAGGCCACAAUGAAGAGGGCAAAGUCGAAGCGACGCAGAAGCAACCUACACAACAAGAACGCUUCACUGCAAGAAGGAAAGAGGAUGGUGGAUAUAUGCUAUUCGUUCUCCAGGGGACAGAGCUGUUAGGAAUGGUCAUCUCGGAGGAUGGGAAAUCUUUGGUGUUACAGAAGGGCGAGGGGGAUGCUUUGGAUUUCAUUGAUUCCAAGUACUUGGACGGUCCUAUAACCCUCAAGUAUCCCGAUAUGCCACCACAGAAGUUACGAUAAGACUUACUAGGUAUCAAUAUGUGGUAAUAAAAGAUUGUGGCCGCGAGAUAGCUGCUACUCUGCGGAUAUAUAUAUACUGGCAUCGGUUCCAUGAUACCACGAAUAACUGC